CCCAACGCACAACGCAUGGACUGGUACCAGACCGGUACUUAGUAGAGUUCGCGUUGUGCUACAAACGAGACGUCCGUAUCAAGCCGCUCCGUGCCAGUGUGCGGUGCGUGUUUUUACGAAACUGAACUUUGAAAAUCGAAUGCGUUCCGUUUUACACCUACUACAUGUGUUUUUAGUAUUGUGUUUAUAAACGAACAAAGGGUUUUGUUUUAUUCCUCAAGUUUGAAUCUGUGUUAAGGUGAUAACAGUGAGAAAAAUCGAAAAGAAAAAGUAAUCGACUGAACCGUGCCUGCUAGUGGUGAUGUGCCUUCAGUGGUAGUGGUGAACGAUCGUGUGCUAGUUCUAACUUCGUGUGUCGGCGUGCUAACCAUCGCUUCGUGUCGCGUCUGAACACUAAACAUUAUGGAGCUGAGGAUUUACUUGCUGUAUUCGGCGGUGAUGGUGCUGGUGGUGGCGGCGCGCUCCUCAGUGAAUGGCUACGUGGAAGACAAACGGGAGUCGAAUGAAGAAUAUGGCGACUUCUUGGGCGAUGAACCCAACGAUGACGACACGUUAAAUGACGCCGAUGGUGAAGCCGACGAAGGGAACACAGAGAAUAUUGUUAUUGUUACAAAUCAGAAAAUUUACAACGUGUCUGUUGGGGACAGCUUGACGUUGGAUUGCGAGACGUCGCCGCCGGGUAUUGCAGUGCUGCAGUGGCUCCAUAACGACAAUAUAUACUACCUGGGUACGAUAAAAACCGUAUCUGACACUAGACUUAAUCUGAGUAAGAACGGUUCUAUGACGAUAUCCAAAGUAACCCCUUCUGACGAAGGAGAGUACAAGUGUGUGGUGACGCAGAAUAAACCUUUAACACUCAGGCACAGGGUGGUUGUCAUUUCAGAGCCAAUAAUUCGCGAACUGGAGGCUACAAACAACGGCGUGGUAGUCGAAGGUAGCCAGCUAGUACUGAGUUGCGAUGUUACCGCUACGCCGCCUCCUCAGAUCGUUUGGUCCAGACAGAGACAGGGUUUCAAUGAAAAUGAACGUUUACGCGAAAGUGACGGCAUCUUUAACCUGAACAGCGUGACGAUAGAACACGCAAAGCCGGAGCACAGCGGCAAGUAUUACUGCUACGCGUUCAACGGCGUCGGAAAUGCUCAAGCUGAAAAGGAAGUUACCGUGUUAUACAAGCCUCGCGUGCACGUGCACCGGUCCGCGAUCAACACGGCGCCGGGCGCGCGCGCCGAGCUGCAGUGCUCCGCGCACGGGGACCCCACGCCGUACCUUACUUGGUACAAAGAUGGAAGCUCCAUCGCCGAAGAUCCCAGAUACGUCAUCAUCAACAACGGAUCCCAGUCCACCCUCGUCGUCGUACCUAAGGCUGAUAAUGAUUUUGGCACAUACACUUGUAUUGCGACCAACUCUCAUGGUGUACACAACAAAUCCGUGGAACUGGUCCAGAGGCCGGUCAUCGAGGAAGUAGAGGCUGAUGGCCUGAAGCUGGUGUGGAAGAUCCACUCGCACCAACCAUUGGAAGACAUCCGCAUCCAAGCAUUCCCUUUGAAUGGAGACAAUGCUGAUCCUACCAACAUCACUGUGCCCCUACCGGAAACAAGAGGCAAAGUGUACGAAAUGAGCCAUGAGGUCAACGACCUCCCAGCUGGCCAGUACGAGGUGAUCGUCAAAGUGAAGAACAAUAAAGAAUGGAGCAGAAACACGAAUCCAGUUGUCCUCAAUAUCGCUGAGCAGUCCAUGCUUAUUCAGCGUAGUUCAGUAUUCCGAGGUGCGGCCAGCUCAGUUGCGCAGUCUACGACAUUAUUAUCGACGACUCUUAUGUAUCUACUUAUCCGGAUGCUGUAAAUUGUUUAGCAUUACUUAUUUAUUGUUAGUAGGUAUAUAUUAUAAUCCAAGCUAUAUGUGCUUCUGGGUGUUUGUUAAGCAGUCUCAGUUGGUUGCAUAGCCUGUUGUAAAUAUGAGAUGUGUUGCAUUACUAUUUUUUAAUUAUAUUGCUAUUAAAUUUGACGAACUCCGUCAGUGAUGAAUGUUGAUAAGGUUCCAUAUUCGAUUCUCGAUCGAGAUAUAAGCAAUUAAAUUAGCUCAAAUCGGUAUGUUCUGGACUUUGUCCGUUUGUUCGUUGUCGAAAAACCAGCCUCACUGAAUAAUUGGAAAAUAAAUCCUAACAAUGGAUAUGUCUUCACUUCGAGAGAUACAUAUAUAUUAGCAAUAUAGUUUAUAAUGAUAUCAAAGAAUAAACAAUACGCCUUUUAAGUAUACCUAUAAAUAGAAAAGACUCAUGGGAAUUUAGGAAGUUGAAUCUCAUAAACUGUAAACGAACUAGAAUAGACAAUUCUAAUUAGACACACAUUCCCAUCACGGAACUUACAAGAAAUAAAAUAAAAUAGCAUAUAGUUUCAAUUAUUAUUAUUAUUUAUUUUAGAAAUAUUAUUAAUCAAUUAAAAUAUGAAAAUAAUAUUCUGAAAAAUAUUAUGUGAUUGAAAAAAUUAUCAAGCGGACGGAAUCUGUAAUCUAUUUAUUCUUUUAGUUUUAUUUUGAUAUUAAAAAAAUAAAAUAUUUAAGAAUAUGUAUAUAUAUAUAUAUAUAAAUAUUAAAGAAUUUGAUGUGACUUAAUAAAAUGUUUAAUAAUAUGAACUUCUAAUUCCUAAUACUCGUACUACUGCAAACACACAGAAAAUAAAAAGCAACUGAGAGAUCGUGAGUGCAGUUUAAAAUCAUAAAACACUUAAUCUUGAGACUGACUUGACAAAAUAAGUUAUACACAAUAAAAUAGGUAUAAAUUAUUUCUUACCCCUUUAACUCACAUACAUAAUUAAAUGUUUUAUUUAAAGACAAUGAAGGAUUCUGAACCUAAUGUUUCAGUGACUAAACUAUAUUGCUAAAAUACGACUUUCAUUUCUCAAAAACACUUGUAAUAUAUCAGAAUAACAAUAUCAUGAAUCGCCGUAAUUCCUCAACGACGUCUCAUAUUUAUUUCAGGUGAUUGCACAUGCUAUUACAGAUCUUGUUCUAUGCUCGCUAUUAAGACGAAUGUUGCAGAUAGCGAGUCCCAUAUUGUCUGUCCUGAGUAAAACAACUUCCAUAACCAUAUUUACACAAUAUUACGUGUAAAAACUGUGUAUUUGACAGUUUAUUUGUUCCAAAAAGAACUGUUUUAUGUGUCAAACAACACAUUUUCAAAUUUCGAACAUGCCUUCUCCAAAUCUAAAAGGAAAUUCCAAAUUUAAAUUAUGUUAAAAGCUAAAUGUUUAUACUUUGUAGCUAUUGUAUAAUGCCACCAACAAAAUUUGUACUUUGAAAGAAACUUCAUUAAGUUUGCAUUUUUUAAUUGUGCUAAUUUUAUUGUUAUUGUACAUAUUAUUACAACAUUGGCAACUUCUAAAUUUUGAUAUCAUAAUUAAUAUGUUCGAAAAAGUUUUAUUUUUCUUUUAAUAUUUUUUUUAAUUUCACCCAUUUUUUAUAAUAUACUAUAUUAUCUGUCACAAAGUACAAAUAAAAUCAAUAAAUAUCCCAGUUGUUUUGUUUUAUGCAUUUUUUUAUAUUUUCCAUCUAACAUUGUUGUACAGUAUAAUAUUUAAGUAAAGUACAUAAUUAUUUAAGUAAGUAACUGUAUUUAGAAAAAGACGUUGCAAAAUACGAAGCCACGGAACUUAAUUGUGAAACUUAAAUGUAUUCUAUUCCAGUUAGAAGUUUUAUACGGACAUUUUUUAUAAUAUAUUAAUUUGAUAAAUUGAUUUUACAAAUUUGUAAUUACAAAUAAUUGCAAAUGUGUUACCUUCAUCAUUUUCUAGUGUUUUAAGCGAUUAUUUGGUCAUAAAAAGGUAAAUAAAAUAAUAUUAAAAAAGAGCUUAAUUUUCUUUACUUAAUGUAUCUUUUUAUAAAGAAAUAUUCCUAAACAAACCGUAAGUAUCUUAACUCGUUCCUGUUUCAGGUUUUAAAUAAUCAAUUAAAAUUAUGUAAAUAUUAUUUUAUUAUUAGUAAUAUUUUUUUAUUUACACAGUGAAAUUAGAUAUAAUUAAUUAAUCAACAGCACUAAGGUCUUUGAUGUUGAUACAUUUAUUAAGGUUUUCAAUAACAUUUCUUUAAUUUACUAGUUUAGAUAAUAAUAUUUAGGUAAAUAUUACCAAAGUUAUAUCACAGUAGUUUAGUAUUAUGUCCUGGCUUCGAUUAAUUGAGUAUUUUAAUGACAAAAUGCUAUUUAAUUAAUUAAACUGGCUAUUUGAUUAAGUAAAAUUCGAAACGCUUAGCUAGUGUCUAAUUGCAGGCUUUUCAUUUUUAAUUAAAAAUAAAAACUAAUUUAAUUCUUAUUGUGUCAACAUUAUAUGGAGAUAAUUUGGAAAUAUAAUGUGGCACUGGCCCAUUCCAUUUGUAUGAAUGUUGCAACUAGUAAGCUGUCAAAUGUAGUGUUCAUGUAACUUCACUAUACCAACCAAUUAAGCUAGAGAUAUAGAAUUAUAUAUCUUUUUUUGGGAAAUCACUGUAAUUCUCAGAGUUACAAUAAAAAGAGCAUACGAUUACUGCUCAUAGAUUAAUUCAUAACUAUAAACGAUAAGAAUUUAGAAAUUGUAUAUCUAGCACUGAAAUUUUAAAUAUUUAUAACAAAAAGUAUUUCUUUUUUUUAUAUUCAUAUUUAACUGCAUUUUUUAUAAAAAAGUCCUUGACUAUUUAUACAAAUUACGUGUAUUAGUGUCAAGCUUACUAUUGUGAGUUUAUUGACCAUCAUGUUUCACUAUAGUCAAGAGCAAAAUUUUCAAUUUUUUUUAACAAAUUCAUCCUAAGGACAUAACAUACGUCGAGAGAAUUGCAGUUAUUUCCCUUAAAACUUAUAAUACGUGUUUUAUAAGUGCAUCGGCCAUAAUAUGCAUAGUUAAACGAGUUACAGAAUAAGUAAAUUACCAUAAUUGUAGUUAUGUAUUAUAAUGAUGUGCCUCACGAUACAGAUCCAAGACGGUGCUUGUUAUAAUUACAAUGUAAUUUUCCAUGUAAUUUUAAUAAUACCAAUAAACUACUAUAUAUAUACGCAAUGGACAAAACAUUAUUGCCUAAACACUUCCCUCCAACUUGUCCGCGAUUCAGUAAUACUUUAACUAUAUUUUUAUACAAACAAAAGGAGGGAAGUUAAAUUUUAAAUAGAAACGAUAUAUUAAAAUGCUUCUAUAUUGCGCUAUGUAUUUUGUAGGCUGUCAUAUUAUCAACUAGUCUUAUUACAAUAGCUUCACUAAACGUCUACUUAAUCAUAUGAAUCGUUAUAAGUUUUUAGUAAUCUAAUUGACUAUGUAUUUACUUACAUUUAGAAUUAUUAAUAGCUUUAUUUGAAGUAUCGGUGACAGUUAAAAUUGUUCAAUAACAGCAUAUUAAUGACCUGAUAAAUUGAAGACCAUAUGUAAUUAUAUGUCAUGUAUAUUAUAUUAAAUUUAUUGUUGUAUCCACUAAAGAAUAGCAUACUGAGCAUAACAUAAAAAGUCUUGAUGAGCAUGCAUUCUAAAAUAUUCACAUGUAAUAUUACAACUCAAAUGGUUUCACUAUUGUGAAUACAUUGAAAUACAAGAUUGUAGUAGGAAUAUGGUCAUGUAGUGUAACAUUAUUUGUUAUAUUACAUGAACAUGUUGUCUUACUAUACAUGCUUACAAUUACAUAAAUGUUAUGUUACACGUCUUUACGUGUAAUAUAACAUAUUUCGUAAACAUUCACUUUAAGAGUAUUCAUAUGUAACGUAACAACUCAGAAACAGGCAUUACAAUAGUUAAUACAUGAACAUGUAAUAUUACAUAGGAAAUAUGGUCAUGUAAUGUUACAUGUAUGGCAAUAUGUACUCGAAGUUGACUGAUUACUGUUUAUCAACUUCCAAUAAAUUAUAAUGACUUUUACAAAUGAUUAGUAAGUAUUACAAUAUAUUUUAUAUAUAUAUUCAUAUAUAAAUAUUCUGGUAAAUUAAUGAUUUAUUAAAUAAAAUACUUAAAUAGAUAAUUUCAAAGGUUUUCAAAGUAUAAUAUUCAAAAAAAUAUUUAUAAAAAUCUCAUUUACAAUUAAGCUAAACUGUAUAAAUAUCGGAACCUAUCAAUUUCUCAAUAUUCUAUUGGAUAUUUUUCAAUAUCCAAUAGUUUUACAAACAUCCUUACAGACUGCUCCCGUAAAUGUGGUCGAUAAGAAAAUAGACAAAUUAAUAGAUUUAAAAAAAAAAUGUUUUAAAGAAGCUGUUUUUUAUCUAUAUAUAAUUAAUAGACUAUUUCCUUAUAAACGGUUGUCUGUAUCAUUUUUUGAUGGUCGGACAAUUAACUAAUUAAUACUUAUUAUUGUAAACAUGUGGUGUAAUUGUAACUGCCAGUACGUUGCAUUGUAACUUUUUGACAACAACACAUGUUUGUGUAUUCUAAACUUUUUAUUGUAAUUUAUUUUAUUUUUCGGAUUGUCAACAUUAUUAUAUAUUAGAACUAGAUCGUAUACAUUCAGAUAAUGUCUGUCUUUAAACACUUCGGCUAAUCAAAGUCCAAAUUUUUAUUCAUGAUUUAGUGAUUUUUUAUUAAACUUACCCAAUUUGUCAGCACAUCGUAUGUGCAUGAAUAUCACAUGUAUUACAAUAUUACAAUUAUUACUACUUUGUAACAUUUGUGUUUUUUUUUUUCAGUUUUGUUUUACUAUAAAGAGUUGAGGAGUUUUUAAAUACUGGACCUUCCAUCUAGAUGCAUAGGUUUUAGACGAGAACAUUUGCGGUUGUCAAUUGUCAAUGCAACGUUACAGCCACAUAUUGUAUGAUGACGAAUAAAGAUACACGGUGCCUUCUAUGCUACGAAUGUCUAUGUAACAGAAGGCGAUAGUUUUGUCGUCUAUUAAAUAAAAAUUAAUGUUUACUUGUAAAUAUUA